AUGAAGGAGGUGAACAAACCGCAGCGCCUUCAGAACAUCUCCAGCGGGAAUGAGGUCUAUGACAGCCUCCACACGAAGACACAGACGGAAGGAGUAUGCACGCGGCACCUCUGCAAUGGGGCGCUGAUGGUGCCACGGAAGCGAGGCACAGAGCCACGUUCCCGAGACGAGGUCCUCAAGCUCGCCAGGGAUUUCAUCGAUGAAUAUUACCAGUCCAUCAAGAGAUUCAACAGCGAGCAACACCGGCAGCGAUGGGAGCAAAUAACACGUGAGAUCGAAGACAGAGGAACCUAUGACCUCACACAGACAGAGCUGGUCUACGGCGCUAAACUCGGCUGGAGGAACUCGCCGAGGUGCAUCGGCCGAAUCCAGUGGUCCAAACUGCAGGUUUUCGACGCGCGUUACGUCACGACGGCCAGCGGAAUGUUCGAAGCCUUGUGUAACCACAUCAAGUAUGGCACGAACAAGGGCAAUCUCAGAUCCGCCAUCACCAUCUUCCCGCCCCGCACCGACGGCAAGCACGACUUCCGGGUGUGGAACAGUCAGCUGAUCAGUUACGCGGGAUACAAGCAGGAAGACGGAACCAUCGUCGGCGACCCUAUUAACGUGGAGUUUACGGAGGUGUGCGUGAGGCUGGGAUGGAAGCCCAAAGGCGGGAGAUGGGACGUGCUGCCCCUCGUCUUGUCGGCGAACGGCCACGACCCCGAGUGGUUCGACAUCCCGCAAGACCUCAUCCUGACGAUACCCAUCAGCCACCCCGAAUACAAGUGGUUCAGCGACCUGGACCUGCAGUGGUACGCCCUCCCUGCCGUCGCAUCCCUCAUGUUUGACUGCGGGGGCCUUGAGUUCCCCGCCGCCCCCUUCAACGGCUGGUACAUGGUGUCUGAGAUCGGGACACGCGAUUUGUGCGACCCUCAUCGCUUCAACAUUCUCGAGACUGUUGGUCGUUACAUGGGCUUGGAUACACGAAGUCCUACUAAUCUGUGGAAGGACAAAGCUCUUGUAGAAGUCAACAUUGCAGUCCUACACUCAUUCCAGAGCUUAAACGUGACCAUCGUGGACCACCACUCCGCGGCCGAGUCCUUCAUGAAGCACUUCGAAAACGAACAGCGUCUGCGAGGAGGCUGUCCUGCCGACUGGGUGUGGAUCGUGCCGCCUCUCUCGGGCUCCAUCACUCCCGUCUUCCACCAGGAGAUGUCGCUCUACUACCUCAAGCCCUCCUACGAGUAUCAGGAUCCCGCCUGGAAGACCCACGUGUGGAAGAAGACCAAGGACGUGAAUCGAAACUCGGUUCGAAAGACCAAGCGCAAGUUUCGCUUCAAGGAGAUCGCUCGAGCUGUCAAGUUUACGAGCAAAUUAUUCGGCAAAGCUCUCUCCAAGAGGAUCAAGGCUACGAUCUUGUACGCCACGGAGACCGGGAAGUCGGAGAUGUACGCCAAGAAGCUGGGAGAGAUCUUUGGCCACACAUUCAACGCUCAAGUAUGUUGCAUGGCAGACUAUGACCUGAUCAAUAUAGAGCAUGAGGCCCUUGUGCUGGUUGUUACUUCUACUUUUGGAAAUGGAGAUCCUCCAGAAAACGGCGAGGAGUUCUCCAGAAAACUGUUCGUCAGGUACAAAUACAAACAGGAAUUUGCCAAAAACCUUUACGCCAUGAAAGUUAGCGGAACGGCAGCAGAUAUUGAUGACGUCACAAGCAGUACGUCGUAUUGGCAAGACUACUCCGCACACAAGAGCAUGCACCGCAGUUUGUCCUUUAUGAGGAUGAACAGCUUGACGGAAGGAGCUGGAGCGCCCUCAACCCCCCUGGAGAAUGGACUGGCUUCUUGCAACUUGCGAGGAUCCAUCACAUCAGAUAUCAUGUCUGAGGACAACUUUGGCCCUCUUAGCAAUGUAAGAUUUGCUGUUUUUGCCCUGGGUUCAAGUGCUUAUCCCAACUUCUGCGCCUUUGGGAAAUAUGUGGACAAUCUCUUAUCUGAGUUGGGUGGAGAGAGGCUGAUGAAGCUGACCUGCGGUGAUGAACUUGCUGGCCAGGAACAAGCCUUCAAGCAGUGGGCAGGAGAUGUGUUCACGGUUGGUUGUGAGACAUUCUGCCUGGAUGAUGAUAUUGCCAUGAAAGAGGCAACAGCUGCAUUGAAGAUUGAGGCCACAGCUACUGCUAAUAAGAUUAAAUUGGCACCGUGUACCAAAACUGAUGCAAUAGAUAUUGGUUUGUCCCGUAUGCAUGGCAAAAGAGUUCGGUCCUGCCAGGUGCUGGCUUCCAGGAAUCUGCACGGAGAAAAUGCCAGCCGAUGGACACAACAGGUAAUCAUCGACACUGGAGGUAUCAAUGAACUGAACUACUCACCUGGAGAUCAUGUUGCCAUUCUGCCUGCCAACCGUAAAGAACUCAUCGAUGCUGUCCUAGCACGCCUGGAUAACUGUCCCAAUCCAGAUGAACCAAUUCAGGUUCAGGUCCAGAAGGAAGUUCACUCUCUCAAUGGUGUCAUUCAGACAUGGGAGCCUCAUGAGCGACUACCCUCCACCACAGUAAGGGAAUUGCUCACACGAUACUUAGAUAUCACAACACCACCAACACCAAACUUUUUGCAUCUCUUAGCAGAAUAUGCUUAUGACAAUGAUCAGCGAACACGCCUCGACCAACUGGCAACUGACCCACAUGAAUAUGAGGAAUGGAAACAUCUAAGGUACCCACACCUGAAGGAGGUCUUGGAGGAGUUCCCCAGCGUAGUACUGGAUGCGGGACUCCUUCUGACACACCUCCCUAUCAUGGGCCCAAGAUUUUACUCCAUCAGUUCAUCACCAGACGCACAUCCCGGCCAGAUUCACAUCACUGUUGCUGUUGUCAUUUACAAUACUGAGAAUGGAAAGGGACCAAUACAUUAUGGUGUUUGUUCUAACUUUUUAAAGGGAAUCAAAGCUGGAGAUCACAUUGAGCUCUUUGUAAGGAGUGCAUCCAGUUUCCACAUGCCACGCGACCCAAGUGUCCCCAUUAUCCUUGUUGGACCAGGGACAGGAGUUGCGCCAUUUAGGGGCUUUUGGCACCAUCGUCUUUACAUGUUGAAGCACAAGAAAGAAAAUGCAGGAAAGAUGACUCUGUUCUUUGGAUGUCGUACACGAGCCCUCGAUUUGUAUGCUGAUGAAAAGGAAGCUAUGCGAAGGGCAGGAGUUCUCUCACAAACAUACUUGGCCCUCUCUCGUGAACCCACCAUCAAAAAGACAUAUGUCCAGGAUCUCCUUGUUGGUGUUGGCUCAGAGGUGUAUCGUCAAGUAGUAGAGCAGAAGGGACACUUUUAUGUAUGUGGUGACUGUACCAUGGCUGAGUGUGUGUACCAGAAACUGAAGUCUAUUGUCCAGGAGCAUGGUCGCCUCUCUGACCAGGAAGUGGAGAACUUUAUGCUGCAGAUGAGGGAUGAAAACAGAUAUCAUGAAGAUAUCUUCGGAAUCACACUACGUACAGAAGAAAUUCACCGACAGAAGAGAGAAAGUGCAAGAGUGAAGAUGUCCUCUAUCUCUCAAGCUGGACCCCCAACACCUCCAGUGACUCAGGCUGCCACUAACUUUGUGCAGGAGGUAGCCGCAGGUACCGAUGGAGGGUCCACAGCAGCGCCUGUUGAAUAGGGACAGUCUCGGGGGCAGAUCGGCUUUUCCAACACAUGUUUCUUUUCCACAUUUAAGAAAUAUUCAAGGUUAUUCAUUGAUAAUCUUGCAAACAACAUAAAGCCAACAUAAAUAUUAGUAAACUACAAACAGGAAAUGGCAAUUUUAUUGUUGAAUAAAAAAAAAAUCAAGUGAAUUUAAAUUGAAAUAUAACAAUGCUAAUGGAUUGUUUUGAUAUAUUUGAAGGAAACUUCCUUUAGUAUGAUUAUUCCACUGAUAUUUUAUGAGCUACCACAGAACUUACAUAGUACAUAGUUGUUCAUCAGCAUCAUAGAUUUAGUUUACAUAUCUCAUCUAAUUCCAUGUUACUCUAGUUUCAUAACUGUCUACUUUUGCCAUAUAUGACAGAGUAUCAUAUAUCAAAUAAGAUAAUACCUUUUGCAUACUUAUAUUUCAAUUCAUCCAUUCAGUUUCGUUGGAAUAUUUGGUUACAAACCAGGAAAAAAGGCUUGUCAGCAGUAGAAGAGGAAGUGAAAUAUUUUGUAUGAGGCAUUUAUAAGGAGGCAAAGAUGUCUUGAAUGUAAAACACAAUUCUGCCAAUUUGCACAUGCAUUGAUCAUGAGUGUAGUAUAUAGAAAUAUUUUCCAUCUCAUUGUCCUUUUCACAUCAGUAAUGAAAAAUUGGGUGUCAUGUCUUUGCUUCUUUGACUUUCUGGAAUGCUAUAUGUUUCCAGAACAUUGCAAACUUGUGCUCACUUACAUACUUAACAUUCCACGCUGUCUACACGCUGAAGAUUUUCCUUUUCUUUUCUUUUUUUUUUAUAUAGAAAAUCUUGUAAAACUCAUCUCAGUUCUUCAGCAAUCCAUUAGUACUCUACUUCAUCAAAAAAUAAAUAAAAAUAAAAUGGUAAAGAAAGAUAAAAAAAAAAAAAAAUACUUCUCCUGUUUGAUAGGAAUUACAUUCUUGAAAUUAGCCACAGCACAUAACCUUGGAUAGGCUGGUCUGCACUCGAGGAAACGUAUAGUCAGUUGAUAACUGAUCUCUUCAUGAUGCUAGUAAACAGAAAUUGUUUAUACUAUAGCAUGGAAAAAAAAGAAAAUCUUUUAGAUUCUUGUUUUGAAUAGUUCUAAGUCUUUUGAAUGUUUGUAACUUUAAGAAUUAUUUGUGCCUUAAGAAUUUGAGUUAUGUUAACUUUUUAAGAUUAUGAACUUUACUUUGUUAAUAGGGUACCAAUGGAAGAUAUACACAAUACAGUUUGUCAGGCUUUAGAUAUUAUUUAUUUCUGUGUUAUACAUCUGAUCAAAGGAAAAAGAAGAUUGUGACUGAAACUAAGAAUCAUAAUGCUACUUUUAGUAUAUUAUUUAUUAAAAUUAAAAUGUUUCAGCACUGAUUUGAAUUUUAAAAAUUAUAGUCCCUGGGAUUUUUUUUAUAAUAUGAUUAAAUAACUUUAUCUGCAAGAGAGUAUAUAUAUUUUCUUUCUUAUACUAUACAUAAAUCUUUGUCUGUUUAUAAUAUAAGUCUCUGCCUGAAGAAUGAGCUAUUCAAUGAACUGAUUAAGGAUGUCAUUAAUGAAGCAUAUUGGUAUGUAUAUGUAUAUGUACUAUGGUGUAUAUAUGCAUAACUCUGUGUGUGUGUGUGUGUGUGUGUGUGUGUGUGUGUGUGUGUGUGUGUGUGUGUGU